UUAAGUAUCAGCAGUGAAGUCAGUCUGGUCUGCAAUACCAUAUUUUUCGUCACAUGUACAAAUCAGGUUUUUUUAGUGAAAGGACAGAAGUUGUUGCUUCACCUGUCAGAUUACGCAUUGGGCUCUUUAACCCACGGUAAACGCGGGAAUUUAUUCCCCCUUCAGAGUAACAGGGUUCUGUUGUGUUUGUUUGCGCUGCUCAAACGUUGCUUCCUAUUUUCGGUGCAACUAUGGAAGAAAACAAGUUGCCGGACCUGUUGAAUGGUGGCGCGACCCGGAAAAGGGAUGACUACCUGGAGUGGCCAGAGUAUUUCAUGGCUGUGGCCUUUCUGUCAGCACAAAGGAGCAAAGACCCAAGCUCACAGGUGGGUGCAUGCAUAGUGAAUCAGGAGAAUAAGAUUGUUGGCAUUGGUUACAACGGCAUGCCCAAUGGUUGUGAUGACGACCUGUUGCCCUGGUCGCGUUCUGCUGAUGACCGCCUCAACACCAAAUACCCUUAUGUGUGCCAUGCAGAACUGAACGCCAUCAUGAACAAGAACAGCGCUGAUGUGAAAGGAUGCACAAUGUAUGUGGCUUUGUUCCCAUGCAAUGAGUGUGCUAAACUCAUCAUCCAAGCAGGUGAUUGUUGGGACCACACAGCUAAAAUAAUCUCAUUAUUAGGACGCCUUAUAAGAGCCUUUUAUUGUUUUUACUUUUGGGGUUGUUUAAAGAGCAAAUUUCACUUCAUAGUGUCUGUUGAUUGUAGGACUGCAACUAACGAUUAUUUUAAUAAUUGGUUAUUAAAAUAAAUGGACUCCUUG